ACAAUAACAUUACUGUACAACAAUGACUUCAUGUGAGGUUGUCAGGCGCACGAUACAAAUUGACUUCAUAAGCUAUAGGUACUUCAGUCCCUAUUGCUUAUUAUCUAACGUUCUAGUGCUAUAUUAUAACGCUUCAACUGCUUAAGUGCAGGGAGAGAUGAAAAAUAAGUGAGAUGGGAUGUGCGGCAAUGAGCGAGGAAGUACGACAAUUCUUGACGAAGCAGAGCUGGAAGGAAGGUUGCAAGCCAGCCAGUCUCCAUCACCUAUAACAGGGAUGAUGUUAGUGGUGUUAUCUGUGGUGCUGCUGCUUCCCCUCGCUGCACAGGGAAAGACCGUGCAAGGGGAGGGGGUGGUGGGGGCCCUGUGCACCAUGGGUGGUGGGGUGCAGGGGCGGUGUCAGGAGGUGGGGGCGUGCCUGAGGGAGGGCGGGGUGGUGGAGAGGGUGGGGGAGGUUCAUCUGUGCAGCCCUCAAGCAUCAGACGUGAUCGUGUGCUGCAGGAAACCCCAGAUUGUGGCGGAACAGUUGUGCGACGUGUGGGCCCAGUACUGGCGGGGUCCUGAGGGGCACUGCGUGGAGGAGACGAGUCUUAUCGUAGGAGGAGUGGACGCUAACCCUGGAGAAUUCCCUCACAUCGCCAUCAUAGGAGAAAAGAGCAAUAACCUGCCCAUCCUGUGGUACUGCGGAGGAUCGUUGGUGUCGCCUUACUACAUACUCACCGCCGCUCACUGCGUCUCGGGACUCAACACGGAGUACUGGGUGACGCUUGGGGAACACGACAGGAAGAUAAACAGAUCAGCUGAUACCUUACCAGUGAUCAAGGGUCCUAUUCCUCAAUCGCUCCGCUUCAGGGACAAACUGGCCUCCUUCACUAACACUCGCGCCCCCAUUGAGCAGGUGGUGCGUGUGGAGGAGGUCAUAAAGCACCCAGAGUAUAAUUUCUUCAAGUAUUACGACAUUGCACUCCUCAAACUCAGUACGCCGGUGAGCCUGACCAAGCGCAUCCUGCCAGCUUGCCUGCCCACUGUGAACACGGAUGACCUGCUGGGGAAGGAGCUCACUGUCGCUGGCUGGGGAUGGACCGCCUUUGGAAACCCAGAGCUGACGAGGAUCCUGCAGAAGGUUACAGUGCCGGUGGUGGAUCAGCUGGAGUGUCAAUUUAGGAACCCUGACCUAAACGGCGUCAGUAUUCCAAAGGGUAUCCUGAAGGACCAGCUGUGUGCGGGGAAACCUGGCCGGGAUUCCUGCAGGGGCGACAGCGGAGGUCCUCUUAUCGACCAGAAAGAGAGGAGUGGAGGGCGUUGCGAGCACACGGUGGAGGGCAUCGUCAGCUUCGGGCGUGGGUGUGGUGAGCUGGGCGUGUAUACUCGUGUUUCUUCUUACCUGGAUUGGAUUACUGGUUACGUGGCACCUGGUUACCCAUCUGCCUUUGCUAGCUAAUGAGUUAACAGGUGUACUCGAUUCCUACCUUUAAACAUUCCACCGUAUCUCUUUUUUAUUAUUUUUUUAUGUGUUUGUGUAUGUCUAAAAGAGUAAAAGCAAGUGGUGAAUUUAAUAAGUACCAUUUCUUAAGAUUUUGUGAUUGUGUUUGUUGUUGUGAUUGGUGUUGUUUGUUUAUGUUGUAGUUUUGUGUUUAUUUUUAGUUUUUUGUUCGUUUGUUUGUAUAUCUUUUUUCCUCUUCUCCUUUAUUGUUAUUAUGAGUAAGAAUUGCACAAAUUUUAUUGUUACACGAAUGUAAGUUAUCUUAUAUUGUGAUGCCGUGUGAUAAUACCGUACACGAGAGAGAGAGAGAGAGAGAGAGAGAGAGAGAGAGAGAGAGAGAGAGAGAGAGAGAGAGAGAGAGAGAGAGAGAGAGAUUCUUCCUCUCUCAGCAGAUGAGGAAAAACUCAACUAAAACCAAAUUCAGCACACUUUUCCUCCUAUCCAUUCCAUCCUGUGAGUCUUCAGCACCACUAUUUAUAGAGAAGGUGUUACGUGUUGACGGAGUAACAGUUUCAAAUUAUAUCAAGAGAUCAACGAAUAAAUAAUAUACAUUUUUA